AUGGAAGCUGAAGCUGCCCUUGAUCGAGCUGCGCGGGCUGAGAGAACAGCGAGGGAGAUUCGACAGUCGAACCGCAAGCUGUUUGAACGGAGUCGGAACCUGGAAAGCCAGGUUAUUGAGCACGCGCAGGCUGGGACGGAGCCGCGUCCGAUGUCGCUGGCGCGUCGAGCAAGGCGUGAGGGAAGGUCGAACGAUGAGCCUUUGACUUCGAGGACGGAGCCAACCCGUAAGACGUAG